GCACGUUCACACCGAAAGCGGAGCGUCUAUGCGGACAAGCGGAUUUUCAAAGCGGCGCGGCGGCGAGCGCCCGCGCCUGUUCUGACCAGCCGCGUUGUCUCGCUGUCCGCGCCGCCGGGAAGGCGGGGCAUCUCGCAAUAUCUUUAACAAUUUCAGGGACGUGCCGCCAUCUCGCGGAACUUUAGGUUUGCACGCGCACUUUCGAUAUUUAUUUUUUUUUCGACGUUGGUUGGCGCGCUCCCGUCCGCUAUCUACUUCUGCAAAAUGAUGAGCUCAGAUGAAGAAGACGAGAUCGUUGGCAUUUUACUCGCCACUUGUAUAGUCUCUUUUCAAGAUUUGUUACAGCGCAACACAAGACAAAGACAAAAGAAGGCAUAAAGCGUCGACACGGCGCCGUGUCGUCGUUUUAUAGCUUCUUUUGUCCUUGUCUUGUGUUGCGCUAUAACAAACCUUACUAUAAAUCCCAACCAACUGGCCCAACUUGCCGUUUUGACGCUUUUCAAGAACAGAAGCGAAAAGCCCAGAGAAAGACAUUCGUUUACAUUCGUUCACCAACGCUUCCUCAGUGUCGGGUACUGAUUGGCUGCGGCCAAAGCGGCCAACUUGUCCGCGUGGAAAAAAUCGGUCCGGGCGCGAUCCGGCCAAGCGGCCGCGUAUUUUCCGCAAAACGGAAAAUCCGGAGCCGCUUGGGCGGAUCCGCUUGUCCACUCCGCCUUCGGUGUGAACGUGCCUUAAAGCAGUAUGGAGAUGCUUUAGGCCUCACAAAUGCGAUGAGCCUAGCUGAAAGUAUCGCUGCCAAAAUGGUGUACCACUCCCCUUCAGAGGCCAUCGUUCAGCUUGAGGUUGGCACGCAGUGCAGCUUCCCUCUGGCUGACAAGUCUGUUGGGUGCUGCUUCAGAGCAGGCAGCGAGUCAAGGAGUGUGCAGACUACAGAGACUGUAGAUCAGUCAAGCUACACCUCAGCAUCCAGGCCUUCUAUUUCUCCAUCAACAGCCAACAGUGAAAAUUCGCAGCAGGGACGCCUCCAACAAGACCAUUUCUGUGACUAUGAGGCUGGUAAACUGUUUCGUCUGGAAGCACAUGGGAUGGUCUCUACUGGCGAGCGUCUGUUUAAGUGCGAUUUAUGCUGUAAGAGCUUCUCAAAAAGAGACCACCUGAAAAGCCACAUGCGCACCCACACUGGUGAGAAGCCAUUUCAGUGCCCUUCAUGCCCUCGGAGCUUCGCAUUAAAGGGCAACCUGAAAGUCCACCUGCGCAGGCACACAGGCGAGAAGCCAUUUCAAUGCCCUUCAUGCCCUCAAAGCUUCUCGCAACAGAGCGAAGUGAAAAGCCACAUGCGCACCCACACUGGUGAGAAGCCAUUUCAGUGCCCUUCAUGCCAUCGGAGCUUCUCGCGAAGCAGCGAUGUGAAAAGCCACUUGCGCACCCACACUGGUGAGAAGCCAUUUCAGUGCCCUUCAUGCCCUCGGAGCUUCUCUCAAAGGAGCGAAGUGAAAAGCCACAUGCGCACCCACACUGGUGAGAAGCCAUUUCAGUGCCCUUCAUGCCCUCGGAGCUUCGCAUUAAAGGCCAACCUGAAAGUCCACCUGCGCACGCACACAGGCGAGAAGCCAUUUCAGUGCCCUUCAUGCCUUCACAGCUUCUCACGAAAGAGCGAAGUGAAAAGCCACAUGCGCACCCACACUGGUGAGAAGCCAUUUCAGUGCCCUUCAUGCCCUCGGAGCUUCGCAGAUAAGACUCACAUGAAAGUCCACCUACGCACCCACACAGGCGAGAAGCCAUUUCAAUGCACUUUAUGCCCUCAAAGUUUCUCGUUUAAGUCAAGCAUGAAAGACCACCUACGCACCCACACGGGCGAGAAGCCAUAUCAAUGUCCUUCAUGCCCUCAAAGUUUCUCACAUAAGUCCAGCAUGAAAGGCCACCUACGCACCCACACAGGCGAGAAGCCAUUUCAUUGCCCUUCAUGCCCUCAAAGUUUCUCGCAUAAGUCCAGUAUAAAGGCCCACCUACGCACCCACACAGGUGAGAAGCCAUUUCAAUGCCCUUCGUGCCCUCUAAGCUUUGCGCAUAAGCCCAACAUGAAAAAGCACUUGCGCACCCACACAGGUUAGAAGCCAUGACAGGAUCCUGCCAUGGAACUUCUCGUAUAAGUCCAGCAUGAAAGACUACCUGCAAAACCACACAAAUGAAGCCAUUUCAAUGCCCUCUGUGUCCUCAGAGGUUCUCACAAAAGCCAGACCUGAAAGACCACCUGCAUGCCCACACAGGAGAGAAGCCAUUUGAGUAUCCUUCAUGCCCUCAAAGCUUCUCGCAUAAGUCCGGCAUGAAGGAACUCCCAUGCAGGCGAGAAGCCAUUUCAUUGCCCUUCAUGCUCUCGGAGCUUCUCAUGCAAGUCCAACAUGAAGGAACAACUGCAGACCCAUGCAGGCGAUGAGCCAUUUCGUUGCCCUUCAUACACUAUGAAAUUCUCGCUGAAGAGUGCCAUGAAGCAACAAAUGAACAUUCAUAUAGGUGACUGACCUUACUGUUCUCCCACCUGCUCCAGUUCCUUUGCACUUGCUGAUUACUUGAGCAGACAUAAGAGGACACAGCACAACAGGCGUUGAACUUAGGAAUCUAUAGAUAUGGAGAAUGCUACAGGGUGUUCUGCUACAUCAUAUAGGACAAGUGUCCCUAUGUGCUCUUAAAAAGGCCCAGGAAUGGUUUCUUUGUGUCACCAUAUUUGCCCUAGAUCUAUUGUCAGCAUGUCAUAAGACAAAGAGCAAUAGAAAUAAUGAAAAUCGACCCACACAAACACGUCGCUCUUAAAGAAUUUCAAGAUUUACAAGGAAAACAAGUUAAGCUCAACCUCCACUUUGCCAUGACUUCAUGUUAUGACAUGGAAAAGUAGCAGCAGGGCGUUGGCAAAAGUCGGCACACCACAGUUGCCAAGUCUGCUCAGCCUAUUCAUGGCGUACCCAUGGCCUCUAUGCUCUGGUGACUGAACGCAGAUGGCAUGCAUCCCACAACAGACUAGACAGAUGCCAUUGUAGCCACGUCACCACCAGAGAACAAGCAGCACCUUCGUUCUUUGCUUGGAGCUGUAAACUACUACGGCAAAUUCCUGCCUCUUGUGUCCGUGCUGGCCCAUCCCUUGUACAGACUAUUGUGUGACAACCGGAUCUGGGCAUUGACAAGUGCCCACCAAAGAUCCUUUGAUGGCAUCAACGCUGUGCCAGCGUCAACAGAGGUCCAACAGAGCAGCAUAGUGACACAUCUGGCCACCAAAGAAGGAAAUGUUUAUUGCCAGAAAAUAUGACUUUCACUUGAGUGAAACUACAGGAAGGCAUCCUGAAAAUACCCAAGAUCUAGUCAUCGGCCGGUCACGAACAAAUUCACCACAGAAGGCCAUACACAGAAAUUUGAGUGCAUGGAGUAAACAAAGCUAAACUUACACAUGCUCUUCUGACAAAUAUAAACACGGAUCGGUACAAGUUUAUACCUACAGUGGUCUUACUGCUAUAUCUAUUCUCCUUGUUACAGCUGGCUGGUACUAUCAGUGCAAGUAAAUGAGCCACAGUGUGAUAAAACUCCCCAAGAAAUUUUUCAUAAAUGUGGUGUGGUCAGUGCAAGCCAUUGCUGGAAAUUGCACAUUGGGUUUGUGCAGGCUUCUUAUCACUUUAAUUAUUUAGUCGGCAAAUGCACUUUUUAGAAAAUCUCUUGAACACCACUGCACACUAAGGCAAAAAAUGUGCGACAAAAAGGCUUACAUGAACAAUGUUCUUGUCCAAUUUUUUCUCUUUACCAUGUCACGGUGAAAUCAAGCAAAUAUUUUGUUACAUCGCUGGUUUCGUAAAGUGAGAUUUGUCCGUAUUUGCAUUGUUGCUAUCUAGCAGCUUUAGAACAUGUGAUAUCUUUAUUGGCUGUACCUUUGUGAAUUUUUCCUACAUCUGUGUGACUAAUUGUUUUAGCAUUGUUCUUUUUUUUGCAUAUGAACUUUUUCUGUUAGGCUCAUGUAUUCGUUUCCUCUAGGUUCUGCUAUGUGUGAUGUUGGCUCAUCUGAUAUUGUUCUAUUUGUGCUUUUUUUUUCACAAAUAGGUACUUAUUUAAAGAGUUUACUUGGCAUCAGAGCACAAAUAAAUGCCUGUGUUUUUUGAGUGUUCA